AUGUGUAGUUCAUUAUCUGCUCUCUCGCUUAAAAAACAGUUAUAUGAACUGAACAAAAGCGCAACUGAAGGUUUUUCAGCGGGGUUGGUUGAUGAGGACAAUAUUUUCAAAUGGCGAGUGCUUAUCAUUGGUCCACCAGAUACUCUUUAUGAGGGUGGUUGUUUUCACGCAGAGCUGGACUUUCCACAAGACUACCCCGAGCGCCCUCCUAAAAUGCGGUUCGUAACUGAUAUCUGGCAUCCAAAUAUUGCUCAGGACGGAGAUGUUUGUAUUUCCAUUCUUCAUCACCCCGGAAAAGAUCUGUGGGGCUACGAAAGGCCCGAAGAAAGAUGGCUUCCUGUGCAUACCGUAGAAACAAUUAUUACUUCUGUUAUUUCGAUGCUUGCUGAGCCUAAUCCUGACAGCCCUGCCAAUGUUGAUGCAGCUAAGGAGUUCAGGGAAGAUUUUGCGGAGUUCAAGAGAAAAGUUUGUCGGUGUGUAAGGAUGAGCCAAGAACGUCUUGAAUGA